GGCAAGGGCAUGGCCCACCACCGCGCUCACAGGGCAGUGGUGCAUUCGGUCACCGGCCGAGCGGCCUGCACCGGUGCGAUGAUGUCAGUCGUCCGUCCAGCUGUGGUGGCCGCCUCUAUAUAACCCGUCGUGUGCCGUGCUCACCGUCUUCACUCACCGUCACCGACCACCUCAUUCUCGACAACAGUCACAAAGUCUUUGCGCUCUUACGAACCUCACGACACACCAUCCAUCAUGAGCCACCUCGUACCGCCCCAGGAGGAGAAGCGCGACACCACCCAGUGGGCAGGCAAGUUGCCCGUCGACCACGAGGUUCCUCCUCAACACACGGCCCCGGGUAUUGCGGCUGUCAGCAACGGCAAUCUCAACAAGGAUGCCGACUUUCUCGUUGCGCCGCAGGAGGAGAAGAUCACAACAUCGAGAGCAGGCAAUGCACCUCUUGAUCGGGGUCUUGAUCGGCUAGAGAAGGAGAUCAACAAGCACGGCAUUGCAGACGACUCGACCAGCGAUGAGCGGGCGCGAAACAGGCAGAUCGCUAGCUCCGUGCUCUCUGGCGGGGCCGGUGUCACAGGAGAGGAUCUCAGCACGACGGAGAACAAGCAUAUUGUGUAAAUUCAAGGACAACCCAUAUAGAAGUCGCGUCGGCAUUGUGUAUCAGUAGUCAUGUAACAUAAAUGGCACAUUCACCAGCGUCGCGAGUCGGACUCGCGACUGUUCUUAUAAACUGUUA